AUGAUCGGUCGCAACACUGAAGAGGAUAACUUCCAUUCGCUCGUGCAGGAGAUCAACAAGGUGCUCGGCCCCAGCAACGGCAUAGACUCGGAUGACGUAGACGAGAAUGAACUCCAGGAGUUGAUGAAAGCAUACACCUCGGAAGAGUCGGAGUGGGAGAAAUACUACUUUCCAUCCGAGACAUUACCAUACACACGGAAUGUUGUCGACAAAGGCAACGGCAAGAGUAACUUGGUACAGUUCCGGAUUCUCGAGUCAACGAAGAGUGCUAACCGAACAGCUCAUAUUGGUAUGGGGACCUGGAAAGAAGACCACGCAAACGCCCACUGCAUCAUGAAAGUCCUCAAAGGCAGCCUAACAGAAACCCGUUUCGCAACCCCCACCGAAGACGACGCACAAAACCAGCGGCCCAUGAUCAAAACCCAAGAGACUACUUUCGCUGAAAACGACGUCACAUACAUGGCUGAUACGCUCGGUGUACAUCGUAUUUCCAAUCCGCAUCCCACAGACUAUGCAGUUUCACUACAUUUGUACACACCACCCAACGCCGCAACCUACGGCUGCAACGUCUUCAAAGAAGACACAUCCGGCGUCGUUCACAACACAACGUGCCAUUUCUACUCCGAGUACGGCGUCCGAACGGGGAGGAAGUAG